AGGUCGCCUCAUGGCCCGGCCCGGCCCGGCCUGGCCUGCUCGCCGCAGCGACCUCCGUCUCCGGCAGCGGCGUGGUUUGAGCCUCGGCGCGGCCCGUAGACGGGACGCCCGGCUCAGCCUCAACAUGGCGGCGGCGCUGCGCGGGGGGCGGGAAGUUUCCGGGACGCCUGUUGAGGACUUUGGUGAUUCUGGACCACUGUUACUGAAAUGAUAUUACAGAAGGCAGCGACUGCAUUGUGUUUAUUGGAUGAAACCCAAAUAUUUACUUUCAGUCAAGUGGGUAAAACCCCCUAACUGCAGUUUACAUGUGUAGGUCACUGCGUUACUGUGUUAGUCAUUGUCUCUAUGCAGCAAUGACAAGGCUAGAAGAAGCAAACAGAGAAGUGAACAUGCACUCCUCCGUCAGAUACCUUGGCUAUCUUGCCAGAAUCAACCUGCUGGUUGCCAUUUGCAUGGGCCUUUACGUCAGGUGGGAAAAAACUGCGGAUGCACUGAUUUUGGUAAUAUUUAUUCUGGGGCUCUUUGUUCUUGGAAUUGCCAGCAUACUAUACUACUAUUUUUCAAUGGAAACAGCAAGUUUGAGUCUCUCCAAUCUCUGGUUUGGUUUUUUGCUUGGCCUUCUCUGUUUUCUUAACAAUUCUGCCUUCAAAACAGAUGUGAAAGAAGAAGCUACCAAAUAUUUGCUCCUCUCCGCCAUUGUUUUAAGGAUAUUAUGUGCUCUGGUUGAGAGGAUUUGUGGUUGCAUCCAUCAUCGACCGACUCUGCUGACAACAGUUGAAUUUUUGGAGCUAGUUGGAUUUGCAAUUGCCAGCACGACUAUGCUGGUAGAAAAAUCUAUGAGUAUUAUUCUGUUGGUCAUGGCUUUGGCCAUGUUGAUUAUCGACUUACGUAUGAAGUCUUUUUUGGCAAUUCCAAAUCUGGCAAUUUUUGGAGCCAUUGCAUCCUUACUCUUUUUUCCAUCACUGCAAAUCCCCACAAACCCAUUUGCCUUGGCAUGUUUCUUCAGCUGCCUGAUUUCAGAUCCCCUUCUCGACGUUUACUUCAGUGGACUCUCAGUUACUGAACGAUGGAAGCCCUACUUGUACCGUGGUAAAAUUUGCAGAAGGCUUUCUGUCAUCUCAGUUGGAGUCAUUGAACUAAUCUUUUUCAUUCUUGCAGCCUUUAAACUGCGUGAUUUGGAUCUCUGGUAUUUUGUGAUACCUGGUUUUUCUAUUUUUGGAAUUUUCUGGAUGAUCUGUCAUGUCAUUUUUUUUAUAACCCUGUGGGGAUUUCACACAAAACUAAAUGACUGUCACAAGGUAUACUAUACCCACCGUGCAGAAAACAACAGCCUUGACAGAGUUAUGGCAUCUAAAGGAAUGCGUCACUUCUGUUUAAUUUCGGAACAGCUAGUAUUUUUCAGCCUUGUUGCAACUGCUGUUUUGGGAGCCGUUUCUUGGCAGCCAACCAAUGGGAUCUUCAUGAGUGCAUUUCUCAUCGUUUUACCUCUGGAGUCCAUGGCUCAUGGCCUUUUCCAUGAGCUGGGAAACUGCUUGGGAGGAACGUGUGUUGGGUAUGCCGUCGUGAUUCCCACCAACUUUUGCAGUCCCGAUGGCCAGCCAACUCUUCUUCCACCUGAGCAUGUACAAGAGUUAAAUCUAAGGUCUACUGGCAUGCUUAAUGCCAUCCAAAGAUUUUUUGCAUAUCACAUGAUUGAGAUGUAUGGUUGUGAUUACUCUACGAGCGGACUGACCUUUGAUACCCUUCACUCCAAGAUCAAGUCUUUUCUUGAACUUCGGACAGCAGAUGGACCCAGACACGAUACCUACAUUUUAUACUACAGUGGACACUCACAUGGCACUGGUGAAUGGGCACUGGCAGGAGGUGAUGCUUUACGACUUGACACACUUCUGGAGUGGUGGAGAGAAAAGAAUGGCACUUUUUGUUCUCGACUCAUCAUCGUUUUAGACUGUGAGAACUCUCAGCCUUGGGUUAAAGAAGUAAGAAAAGUAAAUGACCAGUAUGUUGCCGUGCAAGGAGCAGAAAUGGCCAGAGUUGUAGACAUUGAGGAAGCAGACCCUCCACAGCUCGGUGACUUCACCAGGCAAUGGGUUGAGUACAACUGUAAUCCUGACAGCAACAUCAGCUGGUCUGAAAAGGGCCGUACGGUGAAAGCAGUGUAUGGUGUGUCAAAACACUGGAGCGACUACACUUUGCAUUUGCCAACGGGGAGCGAUGUUGCCAAGCACUGGAUGAUAUACUUCCCACGUAUCACCUAUCCAUUAGUACAUUUGGCAAACUGGUUUUGUGGUCUCAAUCUGUUCUGGGUCUGUAAAGCGUGCUUUAGGUGCUUGAAAAGAUUGAAAAUGAGUUGGUUUCUUCCCGCAGUGCUGGACACAGGACAGGGUUUCAAACUUGUCAAAUCCUAAUUAGGAACCAAAGAGGAAAUUAAGUGAGAGCUUUGGGAACGUUCUCACUUUACUGUACUUACAACUUUUUAUAUGACUAUUUUUCUCUGAAAAAGUCUGCUACACUCACUUUUUUCAGCUCUUUGAGCAGCUACAGUAUAUGCAACAGUUAGAAACUGCGAUCUUAAACAGAAGAGGGUAGGACUAUGAUAUUUGAGUUUUAUUACUGGUCUGUAUGUACAUAUAUAAGAGACUUAUUUAAUAUGACCACGCGUUUUGGAGACAGUUCACAUGUUCAUAUGUGUUACUUAAAGCAGCCUUUGUUCAGAGUCACCAGUUUGAUGGACAACAGCCCCUGUGAAUAUUCUAGCGUGCUUGUUUGCCAUUUAUAUCCACUAUAAGGUUCAAAUACAGGAAAGGAACCAAGCUAAUACUCAAAUCUAUUUAUAUGUCCUUGAAAUUAUAUGGUGUGGUCAAGGGUAUUAUAAAACAGCACUGAGCCAAAAAAAAAAAAAAAGAGAAUGAAUAGCUAUUGUAGGUAAGUAGCUACAAAGAAUCUUUAGUUUUAUUUGCUUUUACAUCUUCAGCCCCUGCCUCAGUUCUCUGCUGCCAUCAGUGGAAAUUUGCCACAGAAAACAAGGAAAUAGGACAACUCUCUAAUGUUCUGAUGCUGCUCGGACAAUGUUUGCUGAAGUGCAGCUUUAAAAACUUUCAGUUUUACUUUCCAAUAACUUGCUGGUAAUCUUUUUUUUUUUUUUUGUGUGUGUGUGUGUAAAUAUUCCCAGUAGUGAAUUCAUAUAUGGAGUGAAAAGUGCACUGAGAGUUUUUCCCUCACCUGUUAGGGUGGUUCUGUCUUUUCCAGGCUCUUACUAGUUCGUAUUUUGAAAAGCUACCCUGAUGAAAAAAAGAAACAAAACACCAGGAAUUUAAGAAAGAAAAUAAUCCAUAGAUAAAAAAUAGAAAUACAAGCGUUGCCUUGCUUCCAUGUUUAUUUGAAGUCUUUGCUGUGCCUAAGACCUUGAUUCUGUAAAAUGCUGAGUACAGGAUUGGGGCAAUGCAUUCAUUAUCUGUUAAAAUCACGAGCAAAGUUUUUCAGAAAGAAUAGAUUAUUCCCUUAGGACAGGAGCAAAUCCUGAGUAUUCCUUAACUCUGUUCUCCCAGCCACAAGGUCCUAAUCUUAAUCCUUCCAAUUACAAAGCUGGAUAAGAGUCCAGAAAUCCUGCCCCCGCCUUUCCUCUUCAGUCAGAGAAGCUGCAUCGCUUUCUGGUCUUGUUUUCUCAAGUGCAGAAAAUGAGGAGUGAAACAACUAAUCGGCUAAGACAGUGCAAUUUGUAGUGGGUUGUUUGCGUAUGUGUGUGCAAUCCAGUACACCUAGAGUUUACUUUUUUCUGUUUCCAUCGGUAUUUUUAUUAAAAAGUUAGGUAUUAGCUGAUAUUUGUCUGAAAUAUAACUUAUUAAUUUUUUUAUUUAAAGAACUGAAAAGAGCUCUUUAAGUCUUUGCCAUCAAGGUUUUUUUUCUAAUUCCAUUUGAACUUUUUAGCCAGCUAAGUUAGAGAAUCUGCUAACACUUGAUACCUUUUAGUAACUCCUGAAAAUAAAAUGUGUGAUUAAAUUAUGAAAUCUGCAAUAGCCAAAGUAAUUUGAGCUCACCAACUUCAAAAUGGUGAUUUUGUAGGAUUUGCAAGUGACAGCCACUAAGUUUCUUCAUUGGUUUGUAUUACACAACUUUUUUCAGCAAGACACACGCUCCCACCCCACUUUGCUUUUCUCUGUCCCUUUCCAUAAAGUGAAAAGAGGAUAAAGAAAUGAGAUGAGGUAUCCUACCACCAUUCAGUUCCAUGGGGUCUUCUCCAAGUAAAUGCUGUGAUUGCAGCUCUGUCAGGGAUUUGAGAGGUGGCUGUCCUCAGUAAGGCCAGAGGCCAAUUGCACCGUCUAACUUCAGGUAUCCAACUUAAGUUCCUAACGUGGGAGCCUAAGGCAGGAGUCAUCUCAUUUAAAUUCAGAUGUCUGAAAGCUAAACACCUGAACCCAUACUAGUGACCUGAACUGCUCCACUGCUCAUUAACAAAGAGAAAUAAAUAUUUCCAGAGGAAGACUCAUUUGAUCUCUGUUUUAGGUUGAAUUUUCCUGUGGUUGUGCCUAUUAGAUUUGUUUUGCUUUUUCUUUCAUAUGCCAGAGGUCAAGCAAACAAAUCCCUUAUGUCUGCUGAAUAACUUUAGAGCACUUCUGUUCUAAGUUGUCCUCUGGAGCCUGGGUUGAGUACAUAAGCUACUCAUUCAAGCACACAAAUUUGAUACUUGAAGUUAGGCUGAACGAGCAUCCGUCAGGUCUCAGAAAAGCAGCACUGCCUCCUCUGCAGAAGUCAAUUUUCAGCCAUUUCUGGUCAACAACCCUUGAGUAUAAAGAUUGCAUAAAGGCAAUCAUUUGGUUUGUACAAUCACCGUUAUUUUGACUGCUAUUUCCGUAAAAGUUCAUCUGAUUGCAUCAUAAACUGUUCUGACUUCAGCACUGGAAAUUUUUAACAAAAUCCCCAUAAAGCAACACUGUAAUACCCGAUAGUCACCCUGUGAACAUUUGGAAGUCAAGAAGUUAGUCCUUUCUGUUUUGGAAAAGCUUUGAUUAUCAACCAUAACACUUCUUGCAAAUUAUCAUGGGUAAAUCUUACUCUGUACCCGCUACUGUUACAUUUUUAUGGAUGUCAUCUGUAUCUAUCUUUUUUUCCAUCAAAGAGAAUAGGAAAAGUGUGGGACUCCUGACCUGCCCUGGGGCUGUGAGCAGGGUCCGCUCUGUGGCUCCGGCCGGAACAAACCCAACAGUUGGUGCUGAUCUUUUGCCUGUGUUUAUUAAACAGUUUCCAGCUUACUUAUCAAAUGGUUGGAUUUUCUCUAGGAUACAGCAGGUGAUCUUUAUCAAUUUACUGAAAAUUAGAUAAGGAGUCAGCUAAAAAUAGAGCAAAAAGAUUAUUUGUAAAACUGAUCCCGUGUUUACAGAUUUGUUUCAGUUUUCUCAAUUAAAGGACUCUAGUUUUCUGAAUUUGAAAUAGGUUUAACAUGAGCUGCUUUUGAUUUUAUUAUUUUAUAAAUGGCAAAGGCAUGGUGAAAAUGCUGACUUAAACUAAAAGAAAUGUUUACAGCCGUUCAAAACUGUUAGGCCUUUUUGGACAAAGAAACUGUCCUGUGUGUUUCCAAACACAACAAAACCCAGGGCGUGGGAUGAUGAGCCUCAGGAAUUCAACAGUAUUAAUUCCCUACUUUUACACCGACUAAUACCAAUGCAUCCUACCAUGUCCCUUGUUCCCAGGUGGAGUUUUUCUCCGGCUGCGGGCACUGGCACAUCUCCACCGGUCUCUGCCCAGCCCCAGGCAUGUACCUGAGGGACAACACACCAGGAGCUCCUCAUCCCAGUGAGGAGCGAGAAGUUAUCCCUCUGUUCUUCCCUGCGUGAAAGGCAGGGACAACACCCGAAAGAGAAAUGUAAAUCUAAUUCCAAAGAAUGUUACAUGUGCUAUCAGUUACAAGUUGCUUUUCUUUAGCGGUAACAUGCCGACGAAUUGCCUGGAUGGAGAAAAUCUAAACUGUUUUUUAGGGGCUUGUCUCUGUACUGUAUAUUCAGACAUUUUGUUAUAAAGGUUGCUAUAAAUUUAUAUCACGGCAGUAAUUUUAUGUUGACUGUGUUUCAUUUACCUUCUGUACAGUAUCAGCCUUGCUGAAACGUACAAAUGCACUAAGUCCUACAAAUUGAAGUAUUUAAAAGGAAUUUGAAUUGCAAAUUCACAGUAGUAUUUUUCUCUGAACAAGUACUGGGGGAAAAAAAGCCAUUCUUCCUUUUUGCACUACCAGACUUAAGUGUUUGCAGUUCCUUGUGCUUUGUAUGCCUUGUGAUUGUUGUUGUCCAGCCUUCAGUUCAAGUUUUUCACAGAAACAAUUCCUUCACCUUUAUUAAGUUUUCCCUUUAUUUUGCAAAGGCAUAAUUAAUGCUAUACUAGCUGUAAAGCCCCUCUGUUGCCAGCAGUAGACAAUGUAACUAGGUUAAAUUUCUUGUUUAUAAAUACUUUGGGGGGGGAGGAUUUUUACUGGAUGUACUGAUUUUAGAUCUGUAAAUAGAUUAUUUUUUGUGUAUUUGUGAUAUUGCUUAAAUAUAUUUUGCUGGUUUGGA